AGAUACCUGCUGGAGCUGUGCCAAUAUUUGGUAGUGGUUCACCUCCUCCAUUGUUCAACACUGAGGUACAAUUUAUGUUUGUUAAAUGGACAUUGUUAGCAUGUAUAGUGCAUGCUCUGUUUAGCAUAAAAUGACAAACGUGAUGUGAUAUUUUCGUCCAUUCCACAAUCAUGAUAUACUGCUUAUACUGCUUAUACUGCUUAUAUCGCUAAUCAAGUUGGCAGUCAUCAAAAAAUAUAAUAUUAUAAUUCCUUAAGCGAAGUUAAAACACAAACUUGGGCACACUCCUUGCAGCCUGAUUAGUUGACUAUCUGAUUAGCUACGUUUUGUGCAACGCGGUUAAGUCAUGUUAGUUAAGGAUGUAACUACAGUAGUUAAUGCUAACUAUAGUUAACUUUAACUACGUUAUGGACAAAAGGGGAUGUACAACAUGCAUGCAGGGAGGUUUUCAAAGAUGGCGCCUAUUUUUCAAGACCGUUAAAGCGCAAACGAAUCAACAAGCAGGCACUUAUAACAAUCCUAAACUUCACCCUAAACCUUACCCUAAAUCUAAUCCUAACAUUAACCGUAAAGUGAAGCGAACUCUGAGUUUAAAUUUUGAACUAUCUUGAAAACCUCCCUCUAGCCCACCCAUUUUAUUCAUUACGCUUUUUGCACGCGUGUUCUUACUCGUAAUUUAUAGAGCUCACUGAAAACGACUCGCUUGCUGAUUGGUGAAGCUAUAGCCAUGUCAACUUGCCAUGCUAUGCUAACCAACCUGCACUAAAAUAGUGUAAAGACAAUAGAUUUCUAUAUAGGUUUGAAUAGUACAAAUAUUUAAAACUGUGCAUAGCAUGACCAGUUGCUAUGGUUAGCUUGUUAAUCCCUCACUUGCAUACUCUCCUCAAAGUCCUCAAACUGUGAUUUCAGACUGUAGGGGCUUCACCUGCUGCUGCUACUACAUCAAAUGUGAAGACAACAAAAGAAGCAAGUGGUUUGUUUGACGAAGAUGACGAUAAGACGAGUUCAUUCAAUUCUGAGCGGUCAGUGGUGUCCAGUACCGCUUCUAAAGCUGCGCCCGCUGUACAGGCCAAACGAAAAACCAAUCAAAUCAGUUUGUUCAAUGAUAAUGACGAUGAUGACGAUAAUGAUGGCGAUGAUCUCUUUGCAUCCAUCGCUCCAUCAAAAACACUUGGGUAAGUCUUGGCUAACACCCGAUGUCACUGGGAUAUCCAGCACAUUUAAAGGCUAAUAAGAAGUAAUUGAAGUAAAAAUAAAGUUUAAAAGAAGUGAACUUAAAAGAACUCCCACAAUUAGUAUAAUGUAUUAUUCUGUAGUGAGUGUUUUCAUAUGCAAUAACGUCAGCAAAUUGCCUAAAUGGAACGUAAACAAAUGGUGGUGGAUUUACGACACCAGAUUCAGUUCCUCGCGCUGUUUCACAGUUAGUAGCGGACACUUCACAAUUUUUUUAUUUUUAUAUUUAUUUUUUUUUUGGGGGGGGGGGUAAAUUAAGUUGCCAACAUAGGACUACUGUACCUUUUUUCGCUGGAAAUGGUAGUUCUUUAAACUUUUUUGCCUUGAGUUUCAUGCAUUAUAUAGCUACUGUAAAUUGAUAGCAUACCAGUACUUCAUGGUUACAGCUUUGUUACACAGUUAUCCAGCUGUCAUUCAAAGGCUUUCAGAAAUUAUUCGGGGGCUUGGGGCGGUUACACCAACCCAUGCAGUGUCCGCCACUUUUCGCGGUUACGCGAAGACGACCGCGUUGGCGAUUGAGACCAAUUUUUCAAGAUUUAAAUUCCUUUAUUAUUCCGUGUUUUUGUGAUUCUUCUGCUCUAAUUCUUCCCAUUUAUCUCAAUUUUAGCUCUACCAAAAACAAGACAACUUCAAAACCUGAAUCGUCCACAGAAGCAAAGGUAAGUCCUAUGCUUGACAGAAACAUAAAAAACUGCAAUAGUCAAACUGUUAGAUCUUGGUAGCUUCGAGGCAACUCUGUAACUUUAUGAGUGGGUUUAUAUAGGCAACUACCAUGCAGAUGAUAGUCGUCAACCAAUAGUUGUCAGAGUAAACUUGUUCGGUCACUUUUUUCCUGGUUUUAUUUUAAAACCGGUUUUUUCCAGCAACCGAUUUUCACUUAUCCGCGAAGAUGCGCAAUAAUUAUUUUGUAAUGUUGAGAUUCUAAAUAUUUUUAAGAUGUAAACUCGCUUAGAUAUUCAUAUCACCAUUCAUAUUGCUGAAUAUUACAUGAAAGACUUGAUUAAGGAAAAAGCAAUUUGCAAAAGUAAAGUUAGCAAACUUUUUUCUCUAUACAACCCACGCAUUGUUUCUCAAAGAACAAUUACUAAUUGAUUCGCUUUAAAUUAGAAAAUAUCUACCCUUAAAUCUACCUUUCUUUAUUUUGCUUUUACACAAAAGAGAAAAUGUGCUAGGUACAUUAAUUAUUUAAAGCGUCAUUUGGAUGCGCAGUCGAGACUCAGAAUUAGCGUACACCGUUGACCAUUUGGUACUCUAAAUAUCAAGUAUUGAUCUCAAACUCUUAAACUUAUAGUAAAUUAGUAAAUUAGCCAAUUAACUUAGCCAACCAUAUUUGCUAAUUUACUGAUGAAUUAUUGCACAAAGUACUGGAUACCUGCAUGGUGAAGUUUGUUUAUCCAGUCCUAGGACUGGACCAAAAUUAAUUCACCUCACUCUAAGUGGUGGUUUAUUCGUAUGAGAUGUCAUUUCAAAUCCUUCAAUUCGGACUGGACUAGAUUUCAAGUCUUCGCAUUUUGGUACAGUUCCCGGCUUCACCUCGGACUUGAUAAAAUUACGCGGACUUGAAAUCUAGUCCAGUCCUCAAAAUCGGAUUUGAAAUAUUACUGACACUAUAGGUAAUUCUUUUUUCAUCAUAAUUAUUCUGUGUAUUGUAGACAGCCGAAGUUUCCAAACCUGCUCCAAAGCGUUCAACUAUCAGUUUAUUUGAUGACGACGAUGACGAAGAUGAUGAGGAAGAAGAUAUGUUUAGCAUCAAACCUUCAGCAAAGGUAUUUUUGUUUCCUUUCCUUCUUAGGGACUGUCUAUAUGAAAACCAGUUGGCGGGACAGCCCACUAAGCCAAUAAUCUUUUUUUCUAUAAACAGAAAUAGAACUACUGUAUGCUUAGCGACCUGUCCUUGAUUAUUUAUUUUAUUUUUCUUGUGAUAAAGUGAUUUAAGUGAAUAUGCGUUAAAUGAUGGUUUUACUAGUAUUUGACCAAAAGGAAUGACGUAACGUAUUCAACUGGUUUGAAUAAUCGGAAUCGAGCCGAUUGUGACUUGGAACACUCGGUAAUUUCCGAUUGAGGCAUGAUCGAUAAACCACUAAAUGGGCCUAAUGAACAUCACUGUUCUGAAAAGCUCCUUUUUUAUCUGUGUUAUUCCAGAGUAAGCCUUCUGAGGUAAAACCUCCUGCAGUAAAACCUUCUGCAAAGUCAUCUACACCAAAUCUUGGGUUGUUUGCUUCCGAAGAAGAUCCGCUGUUUUCUGGAUCAAAACCUAAAGCCGUUGCAGUAAGUAUAAAUAGUGCUACAUUUGGCAAUAUUUUAUUACUGUUACAACCUCCCGUAUAAUCCUAUAUAGAAUUGAAACUUAAACGAAUUUAAAAUUGUGCUAUGAACAGAGGUGAUAGUUUUAGAAAGAAAAUUAAUUGUAUUAAGUUGUUGUGUCUUUGUAAUGAGUGAGUAAAUCGCGUGUUUCGCUUGUGUUUUCAUGCAUGCAAGUGACAACUGUAUAUAUAUUUGCUUCUGCAUAUUGUUUUCAUGUAUGUUAUUGAUAACUUUGAUCGUCUUUGAAAAACUAUGGAAAAUUAACCUGUGCAUGUUUUUUCCUAAUUGCAUUCGAAACCAUACAACUAUACCCACGACCUAAAUUGAUCAACUAAAAUCUGCGUGAACUUUUGUAUCAUUAAUAGUUUUGUCCAGCUUCCUGAAAGUCAAUAACAAUUCAAUUUUGAGAUUAACGGUUCCUUUAAAUAUGGUCUCUUUAACGCAAACUUAACAUUUCUGACUAAAUUUUUCACGUUAACUUUAUACUGCACAAAUAUUACACAACAGUUUUCAGAAACAGUACACGAAAGAAAUUCGCACAAAUUUUUCAAAAUUUCAGGAUGAAGUAGACGCUGUGAGUAACAAAGCAGAUCGAAAAACUACCAAGCAAGAAAGUCCUGUACUUCAUGUAGAUGAUGAUGAUGGUCUGUUUGCUGAACCGAAGCCUAAAGUACGUUUUGCUCAUUGCUUACAUUCAUAUAUGUUAUUGACUAAACGAGAGGUCCGCACUGUUAGAUAUUAGUAGAUCACGAGACUAAUAUCCUAUACUGUCCGGACCGAACAAGCUCAGUCAAUAAGUUAUUUAUUACAUUGCUAAAAAGAAGAGCAUUCUUCGAAAAACAAUGUUUAGAAAUUAAGUCGAGAAUUAAGUUGUUUCCCACAUUAUUUAAAAACGCAAGAUUUUAACUUUCAGUAAACAAUUUUUGACAAAGAUAAAACAACAACAUAUAUUCAGAUACUAAUAAGUCGCAAACAGGAGCACUUUUUAGGCCUGUUGGCGGAGGGGGGAUAAGGAGUAAAUUAUCGCAGUUGAAUAGUGUAAAACAAAAGGUCACAGAACAAUGCUUAAUAGAGUGUCGCUGAUGGUUAGUGCUGCACCGCAUAGAGCUUUUGGUAAUCUUAAAUAAUAAUUUUAAUUCGUUAAAAAGUGAAGCUGUUUCUAAUAUUUUGAUUGACUCAAAAUAAUACUUGAAAUAUUAGGAAGAUCUUCACAGUCUAAUAUCGGUAAACAUACUGUGCAUGGUUGAAAAAGCCUCGCUCACAAAGUUCAAAGGUGAAAUCCAGCCUUUCUAUGAUCAUGUAAAGUGAGAAUAUCACUAUGAUAAACAGACCUACUUUUUCGAGCUUAUCAAAUCAUUUUUUUAACCUGAAAACAAGGGCUGAACCUUAUAUUAACAAUAUCUGGUACCUGGCAAGACAUUAGUGAGUUUGGCAAAUACAACGUGCUCAUGAACAAUAUUUACUCCUAGAUAGAAAUGUGUAUAAGUUAUUCCCUUGAGUAUUCUAGUACACCGAAGUUGUUCAAACUGUUACGUUAUAUUUACAUCAUUUUCAUGGCUCAUGACCACGCCAACAGAAUACGUUUGGAGUGUUUUAUGUGAAUCCACUGACUAUUGUUACUUGAGGUUGUUGGCAAAGAAUGAUAAGUACUUUUAAGAGGCAAAUAAAGUUCAGUAAUGUAUGCUUUGGCUCGAAUACUGAAAGGUAGGCAAUUCUGUUUCCUGCCGUUGUCGAUUGGCAAACUCACUAUUUCUAAUAUCCGGUCGGAUACCGUAUAAUGAAAUGAUCGCACUAUCUGGCUGGAUGUGAUCCCUACAUCGGUGCAUCGCUACUGUUAGUUUUGACCAGAAUUGCAGAUGAUAGAAAGUACAACAUGUACUAAUCACUAUGCUAUGAUGUUUCCAUUCAGCAGGAUGCAGUCACACCUGCAGUCACUGAGCCAGCAAAGAAGGAAGUGGAGAAACAAUCGGAAGACUUAUUUGAGGCAGAUAGUGAUGAGAAAGAUGAAGAAGAUGGUGUGAAGCCAGGUCGGAAGAUAUUACCUGGUGCUGUACCGAUGUUUGGAGGUGUUGAUAUAUUUGCUGGACAAAAACCUGGGAAACCUACGAAAGCCAAACCGCAAGGUAUUAUUAUUAGCCACCGGAGCGUAGUCAGCGACUAUAGUUUUUCCUGAGAUUUAUAGUGAAUUUCCACACACAGAAUGGAAAAUCUGGUUGAUCUCAUAGUUGAACUGGAUAGAGAACUGAAGCUUGUGACGUCAUCUUAUUUACCCAGCUUGUGUCGUCAUCUUAUUACCAAAUAAACUGAAAUAUCUUCUAACCAAACAAAAAUAUCGAAUAUUUGUAAAAUGCCUUAUUCCAUAGUUUAAGGAGUUCUUUCAAUCUAAACAUAACUAAAUUUUGUUGCCCAUACCAUUUAAGAAUUGUUAUCAUCUGGGGCUGAUUGUACGGAGACCGGAUAGCGGCCUCUACUGGGGAGUGAUUUUUUCAAGCAUUGUGAAAUUGCUCGAAAAGCUACAAAACUCAGUCUCACAAUUAAUAAAAAGAAACUUUAAUUUAUAAAUACCUAAGUUUAACCUGGGUUAUACCAAUCAACGGACAAUUUUAGGAUGCUUGAAAUGAUCAUUUUUCGGUGGAUAGCGCUAUCUGGUCUAGGUACAACCAGAACCCGAAAAAAGUGGGAUCUUGGGAUCGUGGAUCUUGAUUCAGGAACAUUUUUUAACACACAGUUUGUUGGAGAAUCAUAUGUCUUCCUUAUCUGUCAUUUGAGGGUGUUCAGUGUUCAAAUUUGGCGUAAUUUUAGGACAUUUGGAAAAGGCAAAUUCAGGAUCCGAGGAUCAUUGAACACUUUUUCCAGAUCUGCGUACAACUGGCCCCUGAUAUUUUACAAUAAUCAAGAUACGUCUAAAAUGCCAUGAAAACGUUCUAUUAUUUCUAUUUCAACUGUAUCAAGUGAAAUUAUAAAUGUGUUGUUGUAAUUUUGUUUUUUUAAAUAAUUGUAUUUUAGGCGACAGUUUAUUUGCAGAUGAUGAAGAUGAUUUAUUUGCGUCCCCACCAAAACCAGUACCGACAGUGGGUCCCCGCGCUAAACCAAGAAAACCAGCAGUUGAGGUAAGCUUACCUACAAUAUCUCUUGAAAUGUUAUUUUCUAAUAAUUGAUUAAGAGGAGUUGUUUUAUAUAUCAAAACUAAUGAGUAUAAUAUACCACUGGCCGCGGUUAUGACUACAUUCAAACUUUUUUUUUCGAUACGUUUUUCAAUCGGCAAACAAACUUAAAUUAAAGUACGUUUGGUGCUUUAUCUGUAAAAUAAUGCUAAAAUGAAGAAAUUUUAGAUGGUACGCCAAAGAGAAAAUGAUGUCUGAUAGCUGAAGUUCAGUAAGUUUUGCUUAUUUUGCUGUCAAUAUGGCGUGCACUUUUAAAGCAUCAUUGAUAAUUGUAUUUUAAUUGACAAUUGUUACUAUUAUUUAUGUUUCUGAACCGGCAAAUGCAUUUAAAAAGGUAGCUAACUGUAUAAACUGGAGAAAAAAGCAGCUAAAACAGUAAUUUUGAGAGGUACGCCAAAAAGAUUUUCGGUUUUGAACACUUUCCAUCGAAAAUAAGCGACAUAGAAUCAUUAUAUGCAAUUUAGACUGCCUUUACACGAGCCCAGGUUGGCUUUGUCAGCACUGGUUAACCCGUCUACUAAUAAAUGUCUAUUAGCAUUUACACGAUAGCCGGCUCAACCAUUUCACUCCUCGCCAACCCGUGUAUACUGAUAUAGAGAUAUGGACAGAAAAUGGCAGAACCAAAAUUGAAUUUCAAACCGGGUUUGCUUAAGCUGAGCCAAGUUGAAAACAAAUGUCUAUAGUGUCUAAAAAAACAAGCCCCAUGAGGUCUUCCAGCCCAGGAUCGUGUAAAGUAGCGCAAGAUUAUGAUAUGGAAGGUGCCGUUGCUAAAUGACUACUUCUCUACUUUCCCUUUCAUGAAAAUGACUCGCAAUGACUCCCUCUGGUUCGUAAGCGUAUGCAAUGUUAUAAUGCACUGCCGCAUUUUUUACUAGCAAACAUACAUCGUGAUCAUAAAUUGCGAAUUGAGCAUGCCACCGAACAUUCAUCUUACACCCACUGAACUGAACUACAUAAACUGUUCAUGAUUUUCGUGUUUAGUGGGUAUAAGCGAAAGAAAUAUUUUAGUAUAACAUGUUAUUUUCCGUAAAACUUGAAAUGGAAGAUUUUUUCGUCGUGCAUCACUGCAUCGUAAAAUUACCAAUCAUUCUCUGCAAUGAAUGUUGAGCGGUGUGGCCAUUUUUCUGUGCAAUGGGCUACGUACGCUGCCUUGUAACAAAAAGUAAAAAAUAUGUAUAUUAAAAACCUCCCGUCCAAAAAAGUGAUAUAACAAUAAUGCUAAGUUGUCUUCUUAUGGCAUAUCGAGAAACCUACUAAUCUACUAUGGUACCAUAGUUGUCUAUCCGAUUGGAUCAAAGAGUUCUACUUGAUGGUGUGUUCUCUAGUUGGCUACCAGUGACUUCCGGAGUUCCCCAAGGGUUCAUCCUUGGCCCACUUUUGUUUUUAGUUUUUGUUGAUGACCUACGACACUAUAUAGGGAAUGGAUGCCAACUGGCACUGUUUGCUGAUGAUUCCAAGCUUUAUAGGAUACUUACACACCUAUUGCUGCUCAACUUCUUCAGUAAGACUUGGAUUCUCUGGAAACAUGGAGUCAGUCUGUGUGAAUUCAAAUAUGACGUUCAGUUCCUCUAAAUGUAAAACCCUACAUAUAUCAAAGAAAAAGAUUCCUACAAACGCGAGAUUAUACCACCUUGGUGAUCAAACUCUUGAAAGUGUCCACAUACUAAACAUCUAGGCAUUAUGAUAUCAGACAAAUUACAGUGGGCUAACCACAUUGAAGAGGUGUCAGCUAAACCAAACAAGACGUUAUAUAGGAUUAAUUAAAAGAGUGUGUUCUGACAUCAAUGAUCAGUCAGUGAGGAAGCUACUCUAUUGCUCCUUGGUCCUGCCCCAGCUGAAAAAUUGUUCCUAUUUGUGGUCACCAUAUACAAUCAAGCACAGAGCUCUAAUUGAAAACUUCCAUAGAAGAGCCACAAAGUUUAUACUGGAUUACCCGCUAUCGGAUGUUUCAUACCUGGACCGACUCUUAACCCUUCAUAUGCUGCCUCUGGAGUAUCGCAGACAAUUGAGUGAUCUUCUUCUCCUGUACAAAUUUAAGACUGGAAUGAUGUUUAUAAACACUAACGAACACGUUAUCUCGACAACUAUUGCCAUUAUCGAACACGAAAUUCCGACACAAAUAAUUUGACUUCUUUGUCUAAACAUAAGCAAAAUUACUUCCAGUAUUCAUACUUUCCCAGGGCAGUAAGAUUAUGGAGUGAUCUACCUUCAAGUUGUAAAGAAUGUCUCUCCAUUGCGUCUUUUAAAACAAACCUGCUUGAAUACUACUUUGCAAAAUUGGUAACUUAUAUACUCCACCUUGCAUGAACUUAUACUCCACCUUGUAAUAUAUCUGAAUGUCUUUUAUGUAAAGGGUGCCGUUAUCAUUUGGGAUUUAUCCUUUUACGGCAUCCUGUCACUAUGUUAUGUUAUGUAUUUGUAAUUAUUGUAAUAUUGUGACAAAUCUAUUAAAUUAUAAUUAAUAAUUGACUACAAAUGCACAAUAGAAAUCGAACGAUGUGUUUUUGUGUAAUAAUUCGUUCUUUCUGUUUCAUAAAGGAAUAUUUCAAUAUUUGUGUUUUGUACCUAGGCUCCUGAACCAACUUCUUCAUCUCCUCUGGGAGGAUCAAAAGUGCCAGUGCAAGCUUCCCCUCUUGUUUCACCAAGUAAUAAAAACACAAAUGUUGGAAAAUUGCAGGUAAAUUUAUCACGGUGUAAUAACUUAUUUAGCUUCGAAUGCAGGUCAUGUGAUGUUUGCAUUUUUAUCACUCUACUGUAUGUCUUCAAUUACUUUUCAUAAUUCAAUACGAAGGAAGAAAUAAUGCACGAACGAAAAGUGAUAAUUGGUGUAAACAGCAUAUGAUCUGAAAAGGCCUUUUUUAGGAAAAUUUCUAUAAAGUUAAUAAUAUACAUAAAAAUAUUACUCUACUGUGAUUUGUUGAUUUCAUUGCAGUUAAUCUCAAACAGCAGUGCAAAAAUCUGUAGCAAACUGAUCUGAUUCGUCGAAAAAGAUUGAGGAGAUAAAAUCAACCAAUCAGCUUAAAGCAGUCCUCAAGUAACUGUCACAUGGCUUUUAUCUUCUUUUUAACGGAAAAGACUUUACCUUAAACAAAGCCAACAAAACAUGAAUAGUUACGUGAAAUUUUCAAGCCGUUAGCAUUGUAUAAUGUGUUAUAACAAAGCAGGAAAACUUUGUGGACGGUUCGCUAUAUCGACGUUAGCUAAAACUACAAUUGUCUCGAACAUUUUUAUGUAUAUUAUUAGUACGUGAUAGGAUGGUCUCUCGUGAAAUUUGGAUAAAAACAAGCAUUCUUGAGUUUUUCAAAGACCUCAAAUAGCACUCGUCCUUUGGACUCGUGCUAUUUUGACGCUCUUUGAAAAACUCACUCGUGCAUGUUUUAUCCAAAUUGUACUCGAAACCAUACUAUUAUACCUACGCAAAUAUUCUACCUACAUGCUGUUUUAAUUUAUUUAAUGAUAAAGCAAAGGAGUGUUCGUUUAUCAUUGUAAGUUAUAGGUGGAGCUCCUUCCGAUGGAUUGAUUAAUCGAUUAUUUUCUGUGUGGUUUUUGCCAAUCGAUUAUUCGUAACAAUAACCCAAUCAACACUGAAACCAGCCAUGCGUAUAGUAUGAUGCCUGGAUAUUUCUUUCCCGAUUGAAAAAUUACGAGAGAUGGUUUGUUGGCGUGACCAAAUGACAAACGUGGCUUGUUUUAAUUUCUCUGACACCACUAAAGCGCCUCCAAGCGACAUUGAUAUAGUUUUAGGUCAUAAUUAUGAAAUUAUGAGGUAUUGUAUAGAUUGUUUAACACGGCUUUCUUCUCUUUACUAUAGAAAACGUUGGCGUUUAACCCAGCGGCAAUGCUACCUGGUGCAGCUCCACCACCCAAGAAACUGGAUCAGGUCUGGUAACGAGGUUUUGAAAUUAUAUUAGAAAACCGUAUUUCAUUCUCGUACCCAGAGCCUUUCUUACGCGCGGUGCGACGAGGGGUUCGGAAUAUGGAUUUGGCCAGAGCCCCUCGUCGCACCGCGCGUAAGAAGGACUCUGGGUACGAGAAUGACCGUAUUUAAGAAGCAACACAUGUAAUAAUUUACUUAAGCAUGGUUUUAUCCCACAAAACAGUACAGGAUGUCGAAAAUAGGAUAGAUUCCUGGUACAUGACCUUGUACUCUUCCUGACCUCUACGAACCCUGUGUACAUGUGUAAAAAUGAUAAAUAUAGAAACUACAAUCCAUGUUCCCAGAUAAUUGGAUGUAAAAAUCGAUCUCGCGGAUGAAACAGAAAGUUUGCACUAUACAGUAAUGAUUUAAUAGAGACUUCCCGAAUUUCCUGGCUGGCAAUGAAAACUACUUAUUUACAAUGGAUUACAUUGUCUGCCUCAAUAUCAAGCCAUUCUUUGUGUGCACUCAAUCAAUCAAAUUCGGAAUUGUCUAUUGCAUGUCAAUUACUUCCAAUUUCUUCUGACAUAAAAACUGAUCUAUCUUUUUUUGCACAGAAACCGAUAAUAUUCAAUCCUGCUACAAUGUUACCAGGAGCUGUUCCACCACCUAGAAAACAAGAAAAUUCAGCAGAGGCGACGUUUGAUAAACCUGCAUCUGUAACCACACUUGAAUCAUCUAGCAGGGUAAGUAUGCUCACUUUGAAAUACCAUAGAAUGUAAUUCCGAAAGUACCCCCCCCCCGGUUUACUUUUAGAUUUGAAACCCGUUAGUGCUUUGGUGAUGCUACUUUCGUGGUGUUACAUACUUUAAAAAUAAAUGUCAGCGCAUAUAUAGUAGAGAACACCUUGUCAAUUUAACAUCUUAACUUUUGAUUGAUAAGUCUUUAUUAAAAAAACACUGCGUAACAACCGUCCAAGUAUACUUAGCUGCAUGAAUUCAUAUUAGAAGACGGAUUUCCGUCUGAGACGGGAAACUCGUCCAGGUAUAAAUUCGGUUAACGACGGGUCUUCCGUCAAACUUUCCCGUCGUUCAGACGAGUUUCUUAGACGGGAAACUCGUCUUAAAUUUAUAUGAAACGAAUAAAUCAACGGGUUUACGCUCGUAACGUUGAAAAGAGACUGGGUUGGAGGGUCUCCUAUUUUUUCGGGUUUAUCCGUCCAAUGGUUUUCGUUUCAUAUUCAUACCAGACGGAAAUCACACGAGUUUCCCGUCUUAGACGGAAAUCCGUCUUCUAAUAUGAAUUCAGCUAAUAACUGUAUAUUAAGAAAAGUGUGUACAAGUGUAUCGUUAAUAUUAGUAAUUGAUAAAGUUAAAAGAUAUCUAUAUUUCCAAAUGUUCUCUUGAAUCAUUCAGUUCGUAUUUUCGGAAGAAUAAAGUUAUGUCCCUGAUUAAGUACGACUCUUGUUCGUUUUGGUGGCAACAGGUCAUACAGAGAGUUGUCUGGAUUGUCUAUAAUUCGCUUUUACUUCUUAUAUUCCAAUAUUUUUUGUAGUGUUGCCAAGGUACUCCACUUCUUGGGAAAGCGUGCCAUUGCACUUGCAGUGUUUAUUAAUUACAUGUAUACUGUACUAAACUUCAACUAAAUUCUCAUUUCGUUUUUAUUUACAAAAUUACAAAAAGAUGUGUUGAAAAAUUCCCGCUAUACUUUUAGGUCACAGAUAUUUUCAUGCACACUGUUAUUUAGGGCAUCUUAAUAGGGUCACGAAACCAACGAUCGGGGGGGGGGGGAGCUACUUUUGGGAUUGAAGGAUAUGUUACAAAGGCCGCGCGGCCACAACAAUUUAAGUGAAGUAUACAUGUACAUUGACAAUGUAUAUAGUUUGAGAUAAAAUGGUUCUCUUCCCGAAUAUGUAGAAGUAUUAACUAAAACGUUAUAAACAUGUUUGUAUUUACUUACCUUUUUUACAGGUAGCCAAAAUUAAUUUCCAGUUAUCCCCGUGCGCAUUGCGAGCUGGACGAGUAAACUAGGGUGGGGUCAGCGGCAAUCUUUGAGCAAUUCAGAAGGUCAAUUUUGGCUGUGGGAAACAUCACUCAGGACAGAAAACACACCUAACUUCUGUCUGGGGGAAAAUCACACAAAUCUGACUACAGGGAGCAUAGAUCUUGCAGAAGGGUACUGGGAAAUGUCUAAUAUACCAAGUUUGCAGUUAGCUCAAGUCACUUGCUAGUAACCGGGCUACUUCGGAUCACAACAUCUGUGCAAUAUUUAACAACUCACUUUAUAUAUUUUUCAGGACCGUGCUCGAGUUCGUGGCAAGCGAAGACCUCCCACUCGACAGGCGAGGCAAAAAGCUGCUAAAGAAAGUAUGGAUGAUACGUCCUUAUUUGGAUCUGAUUUGGUUACCCCACCUGCUUCUCAUGAACGCCUAACUGGCACGAAAGGUGGUCAUACAUCGCUGUUUAGUGACUCUGAAGACUUAUUUAGUAGUAGCUCCUACAAAGCUCCUGCGAAACACAACUUAGAAUCACAUACGACACAAUCACGUACUUCAAAGUUCGAUCCAUUGUUUAUUCAUAAUUCAAUGUCCUCUGAUUUACCUUCAUUCGAAGAUUCCAUUGAUGGCAUCCCAAGUGACGAUAUAGAAAGUAAAAAAGACAGUCUAUCUACGAAAGCACAAGGAAAUGAGAACAAGACGGACUCCCUGUUUAGUAAUCGGCAGAAGGACGAUCUAUUCAGUACGUCAACGGAGAGUGAUAGUUCAUUUUUACCCAAAUCUAACAUUGUUCAACAUGGAUCCGCGCAGAAAUCUAAGUCUCUCUUUGAUGAGAAACCCAAAGAUGAUCUUUUCAGUCUGUCUACUGAAAGUGAGAGUAGUAUCGCACCAAAGAGAAAAGUAGUUCCACAAAAUGUUCCAAAACCAGGCAAGACGACUGAUAAAAAAGCAAACGUCGAUGAUUUGUUUAACCAGUCAAGUGAAAGUAACAUUUCGCAAAUGGCCAAACCGAACAAAAAAUCAGAAAUUGAUUCAAUUUUUGAUACCAAGCCAAAAGAUGAUCUCUUUAGCCCGUCUGAAAGUGAUAUAUCGCAAAAGACAAAACCGAAGGAAGACGUUUCUGCCAAGAAAACUAUAAAAUCAAAACCUGAUCCAGUUUCUGAUAGUAAGCCAAUUGAUGAUUUAUUCAGUCAAUCAACUGAUAGCACGAUAUCGGAAAAGGGAAAAUCGAAAAGUCAAAAAUCAAGCGCUAAUCCACUUUUUGAUAGUCCGUCAAAAGAUGAUCUUUUUAGUCAGUCAACUAAACCGAAGGAAGAUAUUUCUGCAAAGAAAAAGGAAAAAUCAACAGUUGAUCCACUUUUUGAUAAUAAGCCAAAAGAUGACCUUUUCAGCCAGUCGGUUGAGAGUAACAAAUCUGAACAGGCCAAAUCAGAUCUUUCUGCAACGAAAAACCAAAAGCCAGAAACUGAUCCACUUUUCGACAGUAAGCCAAAAGGUGAUAUCUUCAGUAAAUCAGUUGAGAGCGACAAGUCAAGUUCACAAAAAGUGGCGGUAAUUGAAGACGAUGAUGACGAGGACGAGGAUGAUCUAUUCAGGCCAAACAGCAGACCAUUGUUUUCUCCUCCUCCUCUGGAUUUCGAUUCCGAGGUCAGUGCCUCUGGAGAUUUUUCAACACAAAGCAAGUCUAAAGCAAUGAGUGAUGAUAUAUUCAACGAUGAUGAUGAUAUUUUUGCUCCAAAAUCCAAUAAAAAGAAAGAUAGUGAAAAUAAAACAGACAAAGAGAAAACAAAAGUGGAUAAAAAGAAUGAUAAGGAAGAAAUAAUACAGGUAGUGUAUGUUUGUUUUAUUGUUUUAUAAUAUUAAUAAUAAUAAUAAUAAGAAGCUUUAAUCGAACUCGCUAAAAUUUACAAUACCACAUUAAAACAAUUUAGGUGAAACACACUCCGAAUACUAACGUCUAGCUUGUAAACUCAAGAUUCCAGCUAUUUAAACAAGAUAAUAAAAUAGUAGACAUUACAAACAGCAAAAGGCGAGUUAGAUAAGGGACUUCCAAACGGACUGGAAGUCCCAACAAGGCAAAGCCGCGCACGUUAAUUACAACUAAUUUUACACUAUGAUAACAAAAAACAAAACGUCCUCUAAUUACUGCUGAGCAGAAUGCGGCAUUGUCCUCGUCUAACCGUAAUUUUGGAAGCUUAUGGCUGUUGUUGUGAAGUAUGGUAAUGAUAAAAUGUUUUUAUUUUUGUCUUGGUGCUGCGUUCAUCUACAAUUGCUUAUAACAGAUCACGACACUUUUAGUAUAAAAGGACGUAUGAACUAAAACUUAGUCUUUAAUAUAUUAUUUUGCACCGAAGACGAUGCGGGCUUAAGUGUUGAAGGCUUUGCUAAUUAAAUAUACAUGGUGUUUCCACAAAACAAAACAAAUAUAAUGUUGUUCUUGAUAUGUAUAUAGGAAAAACCUAAACCAAGUGAGGUAAAGAAGACAAAUGAAAUGGAUGAUCUUUUUGCCGACACUGGAUCGAUAUUUGAUGAUCUUCCUAAGAAAUCCAAAGAGAAAAAGAAGAAGAAAGCAACGACAUCAAAAGAGGAAAAUAUUUUUGAUGCGACGAAAGGUAU